GCUUCCUGCGCAGUUCUCCUCCGCAGCCUCCGCCGGGGCUGCUCUCCAAGACUGGGGCGCUCAGAACGGCGAGCAGGCAGCCCCGGCGAACAGCCGUGCGCACCGUCCCGAGCGCUCCGGGAGAGCGCGCGCAGGGGCUCUGCUAGCCCGCAGCGGGCCGUGACGCCGCAGGAGCAGCCCCUGGGCCAGCACUGACCGCCGCCCCGACUUGGCGUUCCAGUUGCGGCUGCUCCCGGGACAACAUGUCAAGAGCCGCCGCCGCUACAGCUGCCGCCGCCACCUGGAGAGCAGCAGCAGCAGCGGCAGCGGCGGCAGCGGCGGCCGCUUUGACCGCGGGCACGCGGGGGCAAUAAGCGUCCGGCGAGCCGCGGAGGGGGAGCCCUCUCUGCGCUCACUGCCCCGGCGGGACCCUGGCCAUGUGCUGAGCCAUGCCCCUGGCCGCGCCCGCGGGCAGCGCAUGGGGCAGCGCCUGAGCGGCGGCCGCUCCUGCCUCGAUGUCCCGGGCCGGCUCCUGUCGCAGCCGCAGCCGCCCCCGCCGCCGGUGAGGAGGAAGCUCGCGCUGCUCUUCGCCAUGCUUUGCGUCUGGCUCUACAUGUUCCUGUACUCGUGCGCCGGCUCCUGCGCCGCCGCGCCAGGGCUGCUGCUGGGCUCGGGCUCCCGCGCCGCGCACGCCCCGCCGGCCGCCCUGGCCACCGCUGCGGACGGGACGCCUCCCAGGUUGCCGUUCCGGGCGCCGCCGGCCACUCUGCUGGCCAACGAGGGCGCCGCGAGCCAGGAAGAGCAGGGUCCCGAGGCGCCGGACUCCCCCAGUCCCAUCUCCAGCUUUUUUAGUGGGUCCGGGAGCAAGCAGCUGCCUCAGGCCAUCAUCAUCGGCGUGAAGAAGGGCGGCACGCGGGCGCUGCUGGAGUUCCUGCGCGUGCACCCCGACGUGCGUGCCGUGGGCGCCGAGCCCCACUUCUUCGACCGCAGCUACGACAAGGGCCUCGCUUGGUACCGGGACCUGAUGCCGAGGACCCUGGACGGGCAGAUCACCAUGGAGAAGACGCCCAGCUACUUCGUGACGCGCGAGGCGCCCGCGCGCAUCUCGGCCAUGUCCAAGGACACCAAGCUCAUCGUGGUGGUGCGCGACCCGGUGACCCGGGCCAUCUCGGACUACACGCAGACGCUGUCCAAGCGGCCCGACAUCCCCAGCUUCGAGAGCCUGACGUUCAAGAACAGGAGCGCGGGCCUCAUCGACACGUCGUGGAGCGCCAUCCAGAUCGGCAUCUACGCCAAGCACCUGGAGCACUGGCUGCGCCACUUCCCGCUGCGCCAGCUGCUCUUCGUGAGCGGCGAGCGGCUCAUCCGCGACCCGGCCGGCGAGCUGGGCCGCGUGCAGGACUUCCUGGGCCUCAAGCGCAUCAUCACGGACAAGCACUUCUACUUCAACAAGACCAAGGGCUUCCCCUGCCUCAAGAAGCCCGAGGGCAGCCCCAAGCCGCACUGCCUGGGCAAGACCAAGGGCCGGCCGCACCCGGACAUCGACAGCGAGGCGCUGCGCCGGCUGCGUGACUUCUACCGGCCCUUCAACCGCAAGUUCUACCAGAUGACCGGCCACGACUUCGGCUGGGAUUGAGGCUCGCUGUGGGCGGAGGGGCCGUGUGGCUGAGCCCCGUGGCUUAUAUAUUGAGAGAGAGUAUAUGUAUGUAAAAUGUACAGAAAUCUAUUUUAUAAUAAUUUAUUUUUAAUUCAUGAGCAAUUAAUUCACUAAGCUGCCUAGCCACACUCUUCAGAGCGUUAGCUUCCUAACUUGUUAACAUUCCAAAGUGUGCAACUCCGAUCUCGUUUCGUUCUGUUCCCCACAAUGGAUGGUGCUUCCAAGCCCGCCCCGCCCCCCUCCCACACUCCCUCUACCCCAUUCGUGAUAUUUAAAAAGAAGAAAAGCACAACUUGAGAUUUUUGUUGUUACGGGUAUUCAGCCUUCGAUCGCUGUGCGCGUUCUCUCAUCGUCAUCUCCUCCUGCCUGGGUCCCCUGGAGCCCCGAGCUGCUCCGGCUUCAGCGCUGUGUUCCGAGGGGCUUCCUGUUCAAAGUGGUGCAAACCACAGCGCUGAUGUUUCCCCACCGCCACCAAGCACGUGGAGGAGGAAGCACCAGCUUUCCCGCAGCUUUGGGUGGGUGUGGCAGGGUAGCCCUGCCCACCUUCCUGGGCCCAUGCACUAGUUCCGAGUGUAUGCAAAUGUUAGCCCGACUCCCCCGGCUCACCCGUGUGAGAUGCUUGGGUGCUGCUUCAGAAAUAAGGACGUCCCUUCACUUCUGAUGUGCAUGAAAGCAUGCCCCCCCCCCCCCCGCCCCGGUCCCUUCCUCCGGGCACGCAGUUCUGCUCUGACACACCAAAGAAUCCCACAAGCUUGCAGAGCCACCAGCACAAACCCAGGGCCCCGGUGGGGGAUGGGGUGGGGGUGGGAGUCAGGUGCAUCCCGCUCCAUCAGUGUCUACCAUGUUGCUGCUAGGUGCAGAGGGAGCCGGGGGUGUUGAGCCAUAAUCCCACAGCUGCAACUGGAAAGAGAGACAAAGGACCCAAGAGUGACAGGUGGCCAGGCCAGAGCAAGGAAACCCCUACCCCCACCCCACCUCUGCUUAAUAUCUCCUUGGAAUUCCUAGCUCAUCUCAGAACAGCCUGGAGCCAGUGGCCAGAGCGUAAGAGCCUACAGUGGCUCUUGUAUAGGCGGAUUGUGGAAAGCUGGUGCCUGGGAGCCCUGAAAGCCCAGCCCCGCGACAGCUGUCCCUUGUUUUAGCCAGGCCUUUGCAGAGGGCUGCUGGCACAGAAAGCCCUCUUCAUACUUCUCUGCUCAGACAGCAAUUGGGACUUUUUAGGAUGACUGGCUGGCUAGUUGGGUUACCAAACAGCAGUUUCACAUAAACGAUAGAUUCAGUUCGUCCUGAGUUUUCUAGACCAGAAUGCUUCUACCACAAAAGAACUGCGUAAUGACUGUACUUCCAACAAAGGAUACGUAGGGAGAUGAAGGAGCACGCACUAUCAAAAUGAUGGGGCCAUGAGACAUACAAAGGAUGCUUGUACAUGUAUCGGUACCUUGUCUGAUAGUGUUGUAAGAAACAUGUAUGGAGAGAGGAGGGAGAAUUCAUCUGUAGAAGCUGAUCAGAGACAUCUGGUUUGUGUUUGUUUGCUGGAAAGUUUAAGCAAGGGCAAGCUCACUUAUACAUUGUAGCAAAAACUGCCCUUGUAGGUUCUCUUGGGGGAGGAAGGCCAUCCCGAACUGCGCAUGCCUCAGAUCUGUCUCAUAAAUUUUCCUUUUUUUCCUCCUGUCUCUACAAAGCGAGGUAGAACCUACACAUAGAGGAACACCAUCAUCAUAGCUUGGGUCUUCCCUCUUACUGCUUUGGGUGUAAAAACACCUGCCCGAGGGUGCUAAUUUGAUUUCCCAAUUUGGAAAUCAAACUGAAAACACUUCCAUUUCAGUUCUGGCAUAGUGUUGCUUGAAGUAAUACGAUAGGGCAGUAUCAGGUCCUUCACCCAGUCUUGCCCUGCCUGUUUUCUGGGCGCUCCCCCUGGUGGGCCAGGGCUCAGAGAAGGAUAUACCACCCAGUGCAAGGGAAACCUAUGCAAGCUUGCCCUUUCUGCCUUCCUUCCAAGCUGAACGAUGUUGGAUGAAGCUGUUUAUACCCUGCCUUAAAAUAAAACCCGAAACAGGAGAUGUUCUGUUACAAAGAGGGCCAUGUAUAGUCAUGAACACUAUAGAGUCAGAACUCUAUGCCUGGCCAGGUCCUCGCAUCCAAACAGAUGCUGAGAUAUAGGACCACUAAAGUAGAGCACGUUUUUCCCUGGAAGACAAAGAAAUCAGACAUCCUGUGUGUCUCUUCCUCGGGGUCUGAUGGCUGAAACUCCUGGCUGAUCCCGAUGUAGCAUCUGCCCCAGGGUGACCCCCCAGUCACCCGCGUUAUCUUCCUCCCAGGGAAGUUAAGCAACCUAGAAAAUGAAGCCUGGGGUUUCUUCCUCUUCUAGAAAUCUGCAAGGCCACCCGGCUUAACUUUUUAGCUGCUAGAAGACAGCCACCAUUUCGUGUUUUGGUGAUUUGUGCUCGCACGUGCUUCGGGUUUGUUUUUUUUUUUUUUUCUUUUCCCCAGUUUACAGGUAAAGCACUGGUGUUCCAUGGAGUAUUUAUUCCUCUCCGUGUUGUCCCUUUUUUGGUUGUUGUUUAAAAAAAAAAGUGAGCAAACCAUUGUUCCUAUCCCACACUUCCUCGGAGGGGUCUGUACAGUUUGCUAACCUAAGAGGUGACACCUGGUAAAGUGACUGCUGGAUGAUGGAGGAAGAGAAGUGAUCUUCAUGGGAUUCUCUCUGCGAGUCCUUUGGGGUGACAGAUAACGUUUUGGAGCUUUGGAGAAACACAGUGUCAGAUCCUGGCAGGGUAUUUUUGAAAGAAAACCAAGUGGAACGUUCCAGUGAGCUAGAAGCGCUUAGUACAUAUGGAAGAUGCCGACACGGAGUCAGUGCCAUUUUUUUUUUUCUUUUCAGUUUAUCAGGAAGGAUGAUCAAUACAGCAUAAAAGGUGUGGUUAGAUUUUUUUUCACUUUUGUAACAUUAAUUUAUGACUGAGUCUCAUUCAGCCCCGUAAUAUACUGUGCAAAUUCCAGCAGUAUGUCUUCUGUAACCCGGAUGUUAGAAUAGCCAAUAUGUACAAAAAAAAGUAAAUCAAGUAUUUUGUCCUAUGUAUAACACAAAUUAAUUUUACACAGAGAAAGAUGUUUCUAGAAAAUGGAAUUAUGAUAAUUCAUACUAUUUCUUUGUAUGAACAAAUAAAAAAUAUAUUUUACCAA